AUGGCUCCCGCUACAGCAUCAGCAACUGCCCCUCUAACCCCACCAUUUCUCUCACUACCACCAUCCCAAUUCGCCCGACUUCAACCUCACGCCUAUCUUCUCGCCCACCUCUCACCACCCGCAUCGAGCAAUCAGCCUUCAGUCCGAGCCAAUGGCCGGGCGACUUCUCAAUUCCGCAUUACCUCCGCCAACACCGGUUCCUUGACACAUACAAACGGUAGUGCCGUGGUGAGAAUCGGCGAUACUGCAGCUGUCUGCGGCGUGCGCGCUGAACUCCUACACACCGAGGAUAUCGCUUCGUGGAGUAUCGCCCCGGCAUCGGGGGGCAAUGCGGGCAGUAAACGGCGGAAGCUGACCGAUCCCACCCUGAAGCCGAACGAGGAGCUCGGCGGCGAGGAAGAGGACGACGAGGACGAGGACGAAGACGAAUCGCAAAUCCAGGAGCUUAAUCUGCUGGUUCCCAACCUUUCGCUCAGCACCGGCUGCGCACCCGGCUUCAUCCCCGGGGCCCCGCCUUCGGCGUUGGCGCAGUCGCUAUCACACCAGAUCUUGACACUCCUGCAUAGUACUCGGUUAGUCCGCGCGGAGGACUUGCGAGUCUGGUACCAGCCACCUAGUCUCGGCGCUGAAGAUCUCGAGCGCCACAACGAAAGCGAGCAGAUGGACGUGGAUGUCCAGGGGGGUCAUUCGGAGCUUCCGAAGAACAGGGAAAUCAAGGCGUUCUGGGUACUCUACAUUGAUGUGAUGAUCAUUUCUCUAGCCGGAAAUCCGUUCGAUGCAGCCUGGACCGCCGUGCUGGCUGCGCUCCGCGAUACGAAACUGCCCAAGGCGUGGUGGGACAUUGAUAACGAGAUGGUGGUGUGCUCGGACGCGGUGGCUGAAGCACGCAAGCUGUCGUUGCGGGGUAUGCCUAUUGCGAGCUCGUUCUGCGUCUUCGAGGCGGAUGCUGCUGCAGGCUGGAGAAAGGUCAUUGUUCCUGAUGCCGAAGAAGAGAGGAAUAUCGACGAGAGUAAUAGGAAAGGCAUUCAACGGAGGUGGAUCUUGGCCGAUCCUGAUGGGUACGAAGAGGGCUUGAGUCAGGAACGAGCUUGUCUCGUGGUCGAUAAGGAGAAUGGUGGCAGAGGAAAGACCGUCAUCGUCAAGAUGGAGAAGAAUGGCGGAUGGGCUGUAGAUAGCAGAGAGUUGAAGCAGCUGGUUGACGUAUCCGCGCAGCGAUGGGAUGACCUGAAACGGAUACUUGAUAAUUGCUGA